GCUCGGCUGAAAAAUUAGUUCUCGGCCAACUUUCGACGCGAAUGCAAGUGAGAACUCCGUUUGUUGCAUUGGAUCAACGAUCGCCAUUGACGGUGGAUUCCUCCUGCCCCAAACGGAAAAAAUGCGAUAUGGAUCGAGAGCGCGAAAGAGAUGUCAAGGCCCUGGAGCCACGCGACUUGUCCUCCACGGGCCGCAUUUAUGCCAGAAGCGACAUUAAAAUCAGCGCUUCGCCCACCGUCUCGCCAACGAUCUCAAACUCCUCUUCGCCCACGCCGACGCCGCCCGCCAGUUCCUCAGUGACCCCCUUGGGGCUGCCAGGGGCGGCGGCGGCCGCUGCGGCCGUGGCAGCUGCUGCUGCCGCCGGCGGUGCCGGAUCGGCGGGGGCCAGUUCCUAUUUGCACGGCAACCACAAGCCCAUCACUGGGAUACCAUGCGUGGCAGCCGCCUCCCGGUACACGGCGCCGGUGCACAUCGAUGUGGGCGGUACCAUUUAUACCAGCUCCCUGGAGACGCUCACCAAGUACCCGGAGUCGAAGCUGGCCAAACUAUUCAAUGGCCAGAUACCCAUCGUUCUUGAUUCGCUGAAGCAGCAUUACUUCAUCGAUCGCGAUGGUGGAAUGUUCCGUCACAUUCUGAACUUUAUGAGAAACUCAAGACUUCUGAUUGCCGAGGACUUUCCGGACUUGGAGCUGCUGCUGGAGGAGGCGCGCUACUAUGAAGUGGAGCCGAUGAUUAAGCAGCUGGAGAGCAUGCGCAAGGAUCGCGUUCGUAAUGGCAACUAUUUGGUGGCGCCACCCACUCCCACUCCGCCGGCGCGCCACAUCAAGACAAGCCCGCGGACGAGUGCGUCGCCGGAGUGCAAUUACGAGGUCGUGGCGCUGCACAUCUCACCGGAUCUGGGCGAACGCAUAAUGCUAUCGGCGGAGCGGGCACUGCUCGACGAGCUCUUCCCGGAGGCCAGCCAGGCGACACAGUCGAGUCGCAGCGGCGUUUCCUGGAACCAGGGCGACUGGGGGCAAAUCAUUCGCUUCCCGCUGAAUGGCUACUGCAAGCUGAACUCGGUGCAGGUGCUCACGCGGCUCCUCAAUGCCGGCUUCACCAUCGAGGCCAGCGUGGGCGGUCAGCAGUUCUCCGAAUAUCUACUGGCGCGGCGCGUUCAAAUGUGAUAGGCUCUGGCUCCGGCACCAGCUCCAGCUACAGCCCCCUCCUACCUGGAGGCAGCUCCACUGGCUGCUCUGGCCCUGGGCCCUGCUCCAGCUGAGGCUCAGGCUGCCACGGCUGCGGCCUCUGUCUCCGGUUCCGGUGCUGUCCCUCUGCGACGCGGGCGCCUAAUCCAUGUGCGUUGCAAGCGCUAAUUGCCGCUCGAGGGGGUUAAUUCAAGAUGAUGAUGGUGGAGUGGCUCGAAUUGGUGGUGGGGGAAAGGAGAGCUUACAUCCUAUAGAACACUUUCCUCUAAAAUUAAGUUUAAGCGAAAAAAUAUGGAGAAAGAGAGAGUGAUUCUGCUUCAUUCCCCCCAGAAACUAUAUAUUAUAUAUAUCGGAUUUCUAGCUGCCACUCCAGGAAGAAGAGAUCGGAGAUGUCUUUAACCUUCGCUGCGAAUGUAAGUUCUGAAUCUAAAUCCAAAUGUUAUUUAAUGUUUAUUAAUUAAGUUUGCUGGCACUGGACACAAACCCACACACUCACACACACAGUUGUGCGUAUUAUUUAGCAUUUAGAGAGCCAAGAGCCCAGCACUGAUUUUGUUUAUUAGCCUUGCGUUUAAGUCGAAUAUUGUUUUCCCUAAGCGUACUUUAAUGCAUUAUAUAUAGAUGUAUAACACAGACCUACUGCUAAGGACCUUGAGUUGUUCCAUUAAAUUAUUAAAGGGAGAACUAUGGUAGCCGUAACAUUAACUCUCGAGAUCGCAGCGAAAAUAGUUUUGUAGAACACAUAAUUGAUGUAAUUGAACUUUUAUGAAUGUAAACUAUGGAAUAACUUUUUCAAUAUAUACGAACCGACAUCUAAAUAGUCUACACCAAUUCAAAUACGAAUCCAAUUACAUGCAAAUAUAGUUAUAUAUAUUCAACAAAGUACAGUUUUGCGACCACGCCCUCUAUAGAACAACCAACCAUUCGAAUUGUCUCAAUUGAGUAUUUAAA